AUGGAUAAUAUCAACGAUGAACUCUCCGCUGGCCUCCCUACCAUCGACGAGCAAGAGACUGUGGUCUCUCACAAUGUCGCAGAUGGUCCCAUGACCCUAGCUGAGAUUCAUAGAAUGAUAGAAGAAGCGGAAGCAGAGGAGGAGCUGCGGGCCAAUGGUCCCGACGAAAACGAAGAAGCUCUCCCAGAUACACUGCCGGAAGCACAAGGCGACAUACUCUUCCUCCGCGAUCAGAUUGACAUACUCAAUAAGGAGAAUCAACACCUCCGCAACUAUAUACGGGUGCACGAGGAUGAAGCGUACGAGAAGGAAGACCUUCUCGACGAGAAAGACGCCAUCAACAAGGCUCUCGAGGAUCAGGUGAAGCAGCUGCAGGAGCAGGUGUUGGUGCUCCAGGAGCACCAAAAGGGCUACAUGGCCCGCAAGAACAAGGAAAAUCGGGCUAAUAUAGCCAAGAAAGAGCGUGAGAACGUGGCCGCGCUUGCAGAGCAAGCUGCCGAGCACCGCGCACAAAGCGCAAAGUUUGUGGACGCCGUGUUGGGCGAAAUCAAUCGCCUAUGA